UGCAGUUGCAACAUUUCAGAAGACAGGGAGCCGUGCGUGAACACGAGAACUUGGCUGGAACGGCUCCACCGAUUUAUUAUAAUCAUACGCACGAUCCGGUUCAUAAAACGUUUGGUUGCUGGCCCUAUAAAACAAGAACACAACAAGGAUGGAAUGGCAGCCAGAUGAACAGGGCCUCCAGCAGGUCUUGCAGCUCUUGAAAGACUCCCAGUCCCCAAACACAGCCACACAAAGAGCAGUGCAACAAAAACUAGAACAACUGAACCAGUUUCCGGACUUCAACAACUACCUGAUCUUCGUGCUCACCAGACUUAAAACUGAAGAUGAGCCCACUCGUUCUCUGAGUGGUCUGAUCCUAAAGAAUAAUGUGAAGGCCCACUACCAGAACUUCCCUCCUGCCGUGGCCGACUUCAUCAAGCAGGAAUGUCUCAACAGCAUCGGGGACCCCUCCCCCCUCAUCCGCGCCACCAUCGGCAUCCUGAUCACCACCAUCGCAUCCAAAGGGGAGCUGCAGACGUGGCCUGAGCUGCUGCCUCAGCUCUGCACCCUGCUCAACUCUGAGGACUAUAACACCUGCGAGUUUGGGCUGCAGAAGAUCUGUGAGGACUCUUCUGAGCUGCUGGACAGUGAUGCCCUCAACCGGCCGCUCAACAUCAUGAUUCCCAAGUUCCUACAGUUCUUCAAGCACUGCAGCCCCAAGAUCAGGUCUCAUGCCAUUGCCUGUGUGAAUCAGUUCAUCAUUGGCAGAGCACAGGCUCUGAUGGACAACAUUGACACCUUCAUAGAGAGCCUGUUUGCGCUGGCCACAGACGAGGACUCGGAGGUCAGGAAGAACGUGUGUCGGGCGCUUGUCAUGCUGCUGGAGGUCCGCAUCGACCGCCUCAUACCGCACAUGCACAGCAUCAUCCAGUACAUGCUGCAGCGUACCCAGGACCCUGAUGAGAACGUGUCGCUGGAGGCGUGUGAGUUCUGGCUCACGCUGGCGGAACAGCCCAUCUGCAAAGACGCGCUCGCAGGACACCUCGCGCAACUAACGCCCAUACUGGUCAACGGUAUGAAGUAUUCGGAGAUCGACAUCAUCUUACUCAAGGGCGACGUGGAGGAGGAUGAGGCCGUACCGGACAGCGAGCAGGACAUCAAGCCUCGUUUCCACAAGUCCCGCACGGUCACUCUGCAGCACGAGGGGGGGGAGGGAGAGGAGGGAGAGGACAUCGACGAGGACGACGACGACGAUGACGACACACUCUCCGACUGGAACCUACGGAAGUGUUCUGCGGCCGCUCUGGACGUUCUGGCUAACGUGUUCCGUGACGACCUGUUGCCCCACCUGCUGCCCCUGCUGAAGGGCCUGCUGUUCCACCCCGACUGGGUCAUCAAGGAGUCCGGCAUCCUGGUGCUCGGCGCCAUCGCAGAGGGCUGUAUGCAGGGUAUGAUCGCGUACCUGCCCGAGCUGAUCCCCCACCUGGUGCAGUGCCUGUCGGAUAAGAAGGCACUGGUGCGCUCCAUCGCCUGCUGGACGCUGAGCCGCUACGCCCACUGGGUGGUCAGCCAGCCGCCCGACCAGUACCUGAAGCCCCUAAUGACCGAGCUGCUCAAACGCAUCCUCGACGGCAACAAGAGGGUGCAGGAGGCCGCCUGCAGUGCGUUUGCUACGCUGGAGGAGGAAGCCUGCACGGAGCUGGUUCCCUAUCUGGCCUUCAUCCUGGACACACUGGUCUUCGCCUUCAGCAAGUACCAGCACAAGAACCUGCUCAUCCUCUACGACGCCAUAGGAACCCUUGCAGAUUCCGUCGGACAUCACCUUAACCAGCCGGAGUACAUCCAGAAGCUGAUGCCCCCCCUCAUUCAGAAAUGGAACGAGCUGAAGGACGAGGACAAGGACCUUUUCCCCCUGCUAGAGUGUCUGUCGUCGGUGGCAACAGCGCUGCAGAGUGGAUUCCUGCCGUACUGUGAGCCUGUGUACCAACGCUGCGUCACUCUGGUGCAGAAGACCCUCGCUCAGGCCAUGAUGUACACUCAGCACCCUGAUCAGUACGAGGCGCCGGAUAAGGACUUCAUGAUCGUGGCGUUGGACCUGCUCAGCGGAUUGGCCGAGGGCUUGGGAGGACACGUGGAGCAGCUGGUCGCCCGUAGCAACAUCAUGACCCUGCUCUUCCAGUGCAUGCAGGACAGUAUGCCAGAGGUCAGACAGAGCUCUUUUGCGCUGCUUGGAGAUCUGACCAAAGCCUGCUUCCCCCAUGUCAAGCCCUGCAUUGCUGAGUUCAUGCCCAUCCUGGGCCUCAAUCUGAACCCAGAGUUCAUCUCUGUGUGUAACAAUGCCACGUGGGCCAUUGGGGAGAUCGCUAUGCAGAUGGGUAACACACACACACACACCACACACACACACUAAACAGUGAGAACAUACAUUCUGUACCUCACAGACACACUCUCAGCAUCCAUCUACCCACCAGUCUACCUACCCCAGAGUCCAGUCCUCUCUUCCUCUCCUCUCUCCCUCUCCCUCUCUCCCUCUCCCUUUCUUUCUCUCUUCCUCUCCCUCUGGUGCUCAUCCUUGAGGAAUAUCCGUGACAACGAGGAGAAAGACUCGGCAUUCCGCGGAAUCUGCAUGAUGAUUGGUGUCAACCCAGGCGGCGUGGUCCAGGACUUUAUCUUCUUCUGCGAUGCAGUGGCAUCGUGGGUCAGUCCAAAGGAUGACUUGAGAGACAUGUUCUAUAAGAUUCUGCACGGUUUUAAGGAUCAGGUCGGGGAGGAGAAUUGGCAGCAGUUCUCAGAGCAGUUUCCACCACUACUGAAGGAGCGGCUGUCCACCUGCUACGGCGUCUAGCACACACUCCAGACACGCGGCACGCCUGAGAGGGCCACCUGCAGAAGGAUGCUCCUCCAUGUCUGUGCUCAGCUUCCCUGACCAAGGGAGAGGGAUUGUGACGUCGCCACACACACACACACACACACACACACACACACGUGCGCAUACAUACAUGCAUACACGCGCACACACACACAUAACCUCUCUCUGAUGCGUGUGUGUGUCUGUAAGGGGAGUGGGGAGGGGGGCGGAGUCUUGUUGUAAUGACGACACUGGGUUGGGUAAAUGACGACAUGGGAACGGGCGAGGGCUCCUGAUUGGCUCUCAGUUCUCCAUAUGGGUUAGAGGGGGUGUGGCCUCUGCCAAGGGGUUAAGGUGGGUGGGAGGGCAUGCAGGCAAUUAUCCUUCCAGCCAUAGCCACACACACACACACACACACACACACAAUGUACUCAGGCGUGUGUGUGUGUCAUUCACUAGUCAAUAACAUGCCGCGCUAUUGGCUGGACUGUAGAGCCAAAAAUCCUUUAGCGCCCCCCACUGGCGGGCUUUAGGUAUUCCACAACCUCAGAUGCUCCUACAGGUGUCUUUUCUUUUGGUAAAGGGGAGGGAGGGAGGGCAGCUAGCUCCACUCAUCUUUGUGCCGCUCAGUCGCUUGUGGCCCAUAUCCUGCAGGUAGCCGGUUCCCACCGGGGUCCACUCGGGCCCGGUUCCGGGGUCCACUGCUGUUCGUGACUUCACCCCCACCCCCCAUUUCAUGUAAUCCUCCUGUGGUCAGUGCACAUCACUCCUCCAGCCUGCAGGGGGCGAUCUAGACUGUUUUCUCUGCAGUCAUGCUGUUAGACGCAUUGUUAGUCCCCCCACACCACCCCCUGUUGCCUAGGAAACCUGAGACGAGUCCCUUCCCCUUGGCCAUGCUGUGGGCGGGGUCCCAGGGAGGAAAUGAGCAUCGUCAUAGCGACUGUUACCGUAGCAAUGCACAGGUGAUGAGUGGUAUCCAAGGGAGACCCAGCCGUGGUUCAGAGCCAAGGUGUGUGUGUGUGUAAGCGCAUUUGGGCCUUGGUAGUGGUUGUCCGCAGGUUUAGAUCAUUCUCCUCCGAUGUGAUGUGUGUAGCUCUGAGUACUAGUGGGCGGGUAAAUGCUGAGGUAGCGUGUGUGUGUGUGUGUCCUGAGAAGAUGUGUAUUGAAUACUUGAGAUUGAGCUCUGGGCAGACCUGGUCAGGUCCUCCGUCUGCAUGGGGGUCGGACGCCAACACUCUAAACAUGGUAGUCACAAUGCAAGCCCAUACUGUAGUUAACCACAAUCAACUCGCUGCUGCUGCUUUUUAAAGAUGUAUCUAUGGACUAAAUCAUCACAAUAAGGCAUCAAUAAGAUGGUUCCAGAAUGUUUUGUUUCAUUUUUUUAUUUGUUUUUUAAAAAUGCACUUUUUUUCUCUUUUUAAGGAAUUUCAGUUCUCCCCCCGUAGACACAUGUAGCCUAGAUUCCCAACUAGUCUCCGUUCACACAAUUCAGUAGGGAAUUGGGAUAAUAGAACCGUUUAGGGAAUCUCUUUCCGAAAUUUAGACAGUAUCCAACACGGAGACGAGAUGUUCUCCAGGAUGGCUUCAGGGUUCCUCACCCUCGUGUUCUAGUAAUGAGCAACCUUAACUCCUGACUGCAUCUGGUUUGUUCAUCUGUGAAGCAAACACAAAGAACAAAUAUUGUCCUAAAAGAACUGAUGUUCCUUAGUAGAACGUUGAGGUUCUAGGAGAGGAUCUGGUGCCAAGGAGUGUGCUGGAGCACCACAGUGCUGGGGCCUCUAGAACAGGCGAGGUGCGGUUCUAGGAGUGUGGGUGAGGACAUGAGGGUGCUGUUGGGCUUAGACUAGUCCUGCUCUGGGAAAGAUGGGUGGGGUCAGAGUUUACUUGGAGGUCAGAUGGUGUCCACUUCUACGCCUGCUUCUCCAUCUCCGUUUUUGAGAUCCGCUUCCGCUGUGGCUCUUCCACUCUCUGUUUUGGUAAACCAGUUCAGAGGCUCUGCAGCUAAUCCAGUUCAGAGGCUCUGCAGCUAAUCCAGUUCAGAGGCUCUGCAGGUAAACCAGUUCAGAGGCUCUGCAGCAGCCCCCCGACCCAAUCUCUGGACGGCCCCCGACCCGAUCUCUGUGUGCCGGACGGUGCACAUCAUACGGAUGGGUGCCACACCAAGGGCUUCUCAUGAAGGCUGCAGUUGGGCUAUCUGGCCUCUAGGGGCCGUCGUACUUCACACUUUAGUUUAGCUGCCGCUGCUCACUGGAGCUGGAUAGUGGACACUUGACUCUCUUUUUGUGGUUAGUUGCUGUUUGAGCGCCACUCUUCCUCCUGGUGGCUUCAGGCGAGGGGUUGCCCCUGUAGACCACGUGCUACACUUUUCUAGGCAGCUUUCAUGUUCAGGACAACACCAGGUGGGUGGCGGCAGGUGUGGGAGGGGAGACAUCUCGUCUAAGGGCUGUUUGAUUACCUGUGGGGAUUCAGGAAACCCUUAGAGUGGGAGUGGG